AGGGGUUUUAUGCCCCAACAACAGUCGCCAGAAAUCGGACUCGCGCAACUUCUCUCCGCUCUGCCCGUCGGAGCUUCCAAAUUCUUUCAUUUGCAACAAUGGCGGUCUCCAAAUCAAAGAAAUCCUCAACCGACCCGGAAGACCUAGAGCUUCUCAAGACAGACGUAGCCUCUUUCGCUUCCUCUCUUGGUUUGUCCUCCUCUCUCCCCUCUUCGGGCUUCAACGACGUCGAUUUUCGCAAAACCGGUCCUCUCCCGCCGACUAGACCGCAGAAGAAGCAAAAACAAUCUCCGGCCGCCAAGUCGACGGAGAGUCAGAAUCCUCGAGACCGGAAUUCCAGACCUGGCGAGAAGCCCAAGCCUAAACCACCUGUUCUGUCACUCGAUAACGGCAAUGGCGACAAGCAUUUAGGGUUCGAGAAAUUCAAGAACAUGCCUAAGCUUCCGCUGAUGAAGGCCAGCGCGCUUGGAGUUUGGUACGCCGAUCAAGCGGAAUUGGAGACGAAGGUCGUUGGGAAGGAGAAGAAGGUGGAGGCGAGGAAUCUGAAUGAGUGGAAGAGUUUUGUGGAGAAAAAGAGAGAGCUUGGAGAGAGAUUAAUGGCACAAUACGCUAAGGAUUACGAGUCUUCGAGAGGGCAGAGUGGGGACAUUAAGAUGUUGUAUGCCACGCAGAGGUCGGGGACGGUAACCGAUAAGGUCUCGGCGUUUUCGGUCUUGGUUGGAGACAAUCCCGUUGCCAAUUUGAGGUCUCUUGAUGCACUUCUGGGAAUGGUAUCAUCGAAAGUGGGAAAACGACAUGCAUUGACUGGUUUUGAAGCACUAAAAGAGUUGUUUAUUUCAAGUUUAUUGCCUGAUCGUAUGCUUAAGAGCCUGUUGCAGCGGCCAUUGAAUCAUCUACCUGAGACAAAAGAUGGUUACUCCCUCUUGCUCUUUUGGUAUUGGGAAGAAUGCUUGAAACAGAGGUAUGAGCGAUAUAUUUUUGCUCUCGAGGAAGCAUCAAGAGAUAUGUUGCCUGUACUAAAAAACAAGGCAGUGAAGAUUAUUGAAACACUGCUAAAGAGUAAAUCAGAGCAAGAGCGCAGAUUGCUCUCUGCCUUAGUCAACAAACUAGGAGAUCCAGAAAAUAAGGGUGCUUCCAAUGCUGAUUUUCAUUUGUCAGAGCUUUUGAGAGACCAUCCAAAUAUGACGCUUGCUUCUAUUUAUAAGAUCUCCUCUAAGAAUCAGGUUGUCAGUGACAGGUUUUAUCGAGCCUUGUAUGCAAAACUAUUGCUCCCUGCUGCGAUGAAUUCUUCCAAGGCGGAAAUGUUUAUUGGACUCCUCCUCAAAGCAAUGAAAAGUGAUGUGAAUUUGAAGCGUGUGGCUGCUUUUGCAAAGCGUGUGAUGCAGGUAGCCCUUCAGCAGCCACCUCAAUAUGCUUGUGGAUGCCUUUUUUUGCUUUCUGAAGUUCUCAAGACAAGGCCGCACUUGGGGAAAAUGGUGCUUCAGAGUGAGUCAGCUGAUGAAGAAGACGAACAUUUUGAAGAUAUUGUGGAAGAGGCUGAUGAUCGACCAGGCUCUGCUUCAGGCAAGCAAGAGACUGAUGGUGAGCCUGUUGAGAAUGGUGGUGCUGCCACCCCUGAUGGUGAUUCUUCGGAGGAUGAUGAUGAGACUCCAGUCCCUGCCUCUGAAGAUGAGGCUUCAGAUGAAGCAGACGAGUUUCUUGUAAGAGAUGAUGCAGAAGACGUCAAUGAAGCCAAAACAAUGUCUGGUUCUAGUGGGAAGCAAUCUCAAGCAUCCUCUAAGAAGUCUUCACUGCCCGGAGGCUAUGAUCCACAGCAUAGAGAACCGUCUUACUGCAACGCCGAUCGUGUAAGCUGGUGGGAACUGACGGCACUUGCUUCACAUGUGCACCCCUCAGUUUCCAACAUGGCAAACAGACUUCUAAAAGGGAGCGACAUUAUCUACGAUGGAAAUCCAUUAAAUGACCUCUCGCUUACUGCUUUUCUAGACAAGUUUAUGGAGAAGAAACCCAAAUCCAGCACAUGGCACGGUGGUUCACAAAUUGAACCUGCCAGGAAGCUUGAAAUGAGCAACCAUUUGAUUGGGCCAGAGAUUCUGUCAUUAGCUGACGAGGAUGUACCGCCGGAAGACCUUGUCUUCCACAAGUUCUAUGUCAAUAAAGUGAACUCCUCGAAGAAACAGAAGAAGAAGAAGAAGAAAGGGGCAGAUGACGAAACUGCUGAAGAGUUAUUUGGCGCUGGUGGCGACGAUGAAAGCGACAAUGAAGAGAUUGAGAACAUGUUGGAUUCUGCUAAUAUUUCUACGAAUGCAGAUGGUGACUACGAUUAUGAUGAUCUUGACAUAGUUGCUGAAGAAGAUGAUGAAGAGUUGGUUGGUAAUGUCAGCGACGCUGAAGAUGCGGACAUACCAUCAGAUAUUGCUGAAGAAGAAGAUUUUGAUGCUACUGCAAAUGAAAACGAUGAUGACGAUGAGGACAGCGACAUUAUCAAUAUCGGAGAUGCAGAUGAUGACGGUUUUGAACAAAGGAGAAGAAAGCGAAAGCCUGGCAAGUCCGGAGUGUCUCCCUUCGCUAGCUUAGAUGACUACGAGCAUCUACUGAAUGAGGAUGUUCCUCCCGAAGAGGAACCUGCAAAGAAGAAGUCUAAGAAGUCCAAAUCACGCCGGAAGAAGUCAUCUGACUAACUCCAAAAUCAUCGCCUUUUCUUGUUAAGUGUAGCCUGCCUAAGGGAGGACUUUGUCCCUGAAAUUCACAGCUGGGAAAACCUCAAAAGAGUGGGAUUUUGCUUGCCUUGCCUCUCAAUUUGCUUGGUAAUCAUGCUUGUCCAUCAAUUUUGAAGUGUUGAAAAUUAACUUAUUACUUGUAUUUGUACCGUCUUGAGUUUCUGAGUGAUACAUCAUAUAA